UGCUUCAUGGCCACAGUCAAGCACGUUUUGUUUGAAAUUCCAUAGCCUCCAGAUCACCGACAGAAGAUGGCUCUGUGGGAGAUAAUGAGGCUGCAGAUAUGUGAUGAAGGCUUCCGCAGCUGUAAUGACACACACAGAGGCAGAGAGGAUGUUGACAAAUCGCUCCAACAAAGACGGAAACACUUCAGCGGCAGAGAGAAGAAACUUUCAUUAAGUUUGCGCAUUAAUCCGCGAUUGGCUGAACUCUAAUAGCCUAAUUAAUCAUUUGGCUCGAUGACGUCAUAGUGAGAGGGGCUUUUUUUCCCGGGAUUGUUGUGCUGCAGAGCCUGGAAGAGGAGCCGAACGCAUCAUGUAGGGACAGCGUCCCUCUGUUCAGUCACACCGGAAGAUGUCCCCGUCGCCCUGCGCUGUGAACGCAUCACAGGGGUCGAUGAUGAUGUCAAGGUCCAGAGAAGGAGCCCCCUCUUUCACGCACUGGAUUUAUCAUUCUGGCCAUCAUCAUGGCCAUUUUUACCAUUCCUGCCAUCGUACUCAACGCUACAGUGAUCAUUGUGUCCCUCAUGCACAAGCAGCUGAGGCAGCCGCUCAACUACGCUUUAGUGAACAUGGCUGUGGCUGAUCUGGGGACAGCCAUGACUGGAGGAGUGCUGUCCGUGGUCAACAAUGCCCUGGGGUACUUCUCCCUGGGCAGAACAGGCUGUGUGAUGGAGGGCUUUGCGGUGUCCUUGUGUGGCAUCACAUCCCUGUGCACAGUUGCUUUGAUAGCAGUCGAGAGGAUGUUUGUGGUGUGCAAGCCUUUGGGACAGAUGACUUUCCAAAAGAAGCAUGCCGUUGGAGGCAUCGUGCUGUCCUGGCUGUGGUCCCUUACCUGGAACGUUCCUCCGUUGUUGGGAUGGGGAAGGUAUGAGCUGGAGGGGGUUGGGACAUCUUGCGCGCCAGACUGGCACAGCAAAGAUCCCAGCAAUGUGUCCUACAUCCUGGCUUACUUUGCGGUGUGCUUUGCGGUUCCGUUUGCCUUGAUUGUGGGCUCCUACACAAAACUGAUGUGGACUUUACACCAGGUUUCCAGGAUGACUUGUGUGGAGGGGGGCGCAGUGGCCAAAGGGGAGAUGAAGGUGGCCUCCAUGGUGGUUCUGAUGGUCCUGACAUUCCUGGUGGCGUGGCUCCCUUACACCAUCCUGGCCCUGCUGGUGGUGUACAGCCCGGACAUAAAGAUCCAUCCUCUGGUGGGCACGGUGCCCGUGUACAUGGCCAAAAGCAGCACCGUGUACAAUCCUGUUAUCUAUAUCUAUCUCAACAAUCAGUUUCGCAGGUAUGCCGUUCCCUUCCUGCUCUGUGGGAGGGAGCCCCGGGAUGAGGACGAGGCGUCAGAGACCACCACCACCAUUGAGAUCACUAACAAAGUGUCUCCCAGCUGAAAGCUGCUCAACAUAUGGAAAUAAAGUGAUUUGGGUUUUGCCUUCA